AUAAAAAAAACAAAACAGCCAAACGCGGCUUAAUGAAUGUUGAAAGCAGAUCGGUGUUCCGUACACAGGUAGGUUGUUCACGUUCACAAUCCUCCUUCCAACUUCCGAACUCGGAAACAAAAUCCCGUCGUCGACGGCUUUCUUCCCACUACCUUUUUAUUUAUUUAUAUAUAAUUUUUUAAAUUAUUAAAAAGGAAAAAACACUGAACAUCAAACCUCUUACGACAACACCGGACGGUUACAGACAGACCCAAGUCGAAGUGGCAAGUGACCGUCUCUCUCCUCGUUAGGAUGGCUGGGAGAGAAGAAAAUCGUAUAUUUGUUGGAGGGUUGGCUUGGGACACGACCGAGAGGCAACUUGAAGACGCCUUCAGUCGCUAUGGCAAAGUUCUUGAAUCUGUGGUGUUUUGGUUGUUGCAUGGCUUUCUCGGUGCCAUAUCAUGAUGAGAUGUUGUCGAGUUUUAUGGGGCCGACCGAAUUUUUUAUCGUAACUUGUUAGAAUUUCCUUGGUUAUCCUUUCAGUUCAUGAGUUUUGGCUUAGUUCAGCUGCUGGAAAAUGGGCAAUGAUAAAGUAAUAGAUUCAACUUGGGAUGUUGCUGGAUUAUAACGUGUUAAUUUAAUUCAACACUAUGGAACACCUUCAUUGAGUUUAAGAGUAGAGGUGGUUAAAUUUGGACACUUUCACUUACAAGAGUGUUUUAAGCAAGUUGGCAUACCUUCGGACAGAGGAUAAGGAAAACCAGUGUCAAUUAAUUGUAAUUUUGAAGCUAUUCAUCUCUCAUCUUUCAAUUACUCGAAUUCCUGUCAUACAUGGAAAGUAUCUUAUUUUCUUUCAAUUUACUUUGAAAGUUUCACUUUGAGGUUUCUAUUCAGUACCUGCAUGAUCUGGUUUGGUCCUUUGGCCUAUAGGCUCUUAAACCUCCUGCAAUGGCGAAAGGCUUUUGGAUAUCGGUGUACGGUAAAAUGGAAUGCAUGAGAAGUGCCAAAGAUAUAUAUAUGUAUUAGAAAUUGAAAUAAGUGGGAAUAUUUUUUUAUUUUAUUUUGAGAAAAAAGUAGAUUGUGUAGGAUUAUGUCUGAAGUGCUGGAGAACCGAAUCGUCUUGACCCUCUUAAGUUUGUUCUUUUAAGAUUUAAUGGGUGGAGUUUCUGCAGUUGUUUAAUGGAGGAUAAAUUGAUGGUACUGCAUUAUUGAAUUCUUGUGAGUUGAGUUUUUGCAGUGGCUGACCUUUUGGUUUUGUAAUGUCAUUUAUACUCAUGAUCAGACAAUUCGUUAAACUGUGGAUUAUUUUGGUUGUAAAGCUGAUUGAUGUGGAUAUUCUCUCAAGACCUACUACAAUUAGUUGUGGCUUUUUCCUUUCCCUCCCCAUUAUUUGUCCUUUACCCAUUGGCCUUCAAAUUUAACAGCUUAUCUUGUGCUCUGGUUAUAAUGUUUAAAACCCUUCUUUUGCAGUAACUACGAUUAAAUGUUUAUUAAUGUGUUUCCUUUUUAGAAACCUUUUUUGGAAACAUAGAGAGGGAAGAUCAAAGAAUAUUCCUAUACUAGGGAACAUGGGGCAAGUUUCCUGUUAAAUGUUAUAACUAGACUGCGGUUGCUAUUCCUUUAGGUCAUGGUGGACAGAGACACUGGUCGUCCUCGUGGGUUUGGAUUUGUAACUUUUUCUGAUCAUCGAGCUAUGGAUGAUGCAAUCAGUGACAUGCAUGGUCGUGAGUUAGAUGGUCGUGUUAUUGCAGUGAACAAGGCAAAGCCAAAAAUGGGUGGUGAAGAACCAGUUUAUGAAUAUGAUAGGGACUAUAUGUCAGGUGGCAGUUACAGGGGAGGAGAUAGAUCUGCAGGUCGUUCUGACUGUUUUAAGUGUGGUCGUCCAGGCCAUUUUGCUCGGGAGUGCCCUUCAGGUGAUGGAGGUGGGCGUUUCUCAUCUCAUUUUAGGGUUGGCAGAAGUGGUGGUCAGGGUGAUCGCUUUGGGAUAGACCAUUUCAAUGAUCGAUUUGAAGGAGCACAUUAUGGAGAAAGAUAUCAGAUGGACAACAGAUACAGCCAGUAUGGAAACCGUGAUCGUUAUAACAAUGAUAGGUACAGUGAGAGGUAUCCACUAGGCCACGAUAACUUUACAGGUGAAAGGUACAUGGAGCGAGGUCGGAACGGGUAUGGAAGAGGCAGAGGUUAUUACAGGGAUGGUGGUCCAAGAGGUGGUGGUGACAGGUAUGGAAAUGUAGGAGCAGAGCGUUAUGGCAGAGGAAGCUACAGGGAAAGGCCUGGCCCUUAUGAUCGUCCUAGAAGGGGAGGCCACCUAGCUUCUUAUGAUCGAUACUGAGCAGGGCCACACCAUGGCUUUAGGCUAGGAAGGAAAAAAUGUGGUGUUUUAGUUAUUAUAUAAAUAAAUAUUUAUUAAUUUAUGUCAACAAUAUAUUUUAUUUAUAGUUA